UGUCUAAAGUUAGUCCCAGACGCCGGGGGAGACGAAAGAAAGAAGGGGGGCAGUGGCGAGUUUUGCGGUUUUUCUGAAGGAAGUGGUAGCAGACGGAGUGAGAGAGAGUGAGAGAGGGAAAGAGAGAAAGAGAGUGAGCGAAAGACGAGGAAGAGCACGGCGCACAGAAGAUUUCGCAAAAGGAUGCUUAGAUAGGAGUAGUGCAGACACGAGUCGACCGCUUUCAAAGCAGUGGUUUUCAGGUUUUGGUAUGGCUGUUCAAUGUGAACUCAUGUAGCUUCGGUCUUGAGCCAUGCGGACUGUCUUGAUGGCCCUCGUGCUGUUAUGGUGGUGUCAUUUAGCCAUCAUUCUGCCUGUUAUCUUGGGCCAACAAGCACAGGCCAACUGGGAACGAGAACAAGGUUUGCCCGAGGAUCAUCGAGUUACACAUUGGUCAGAGGCCCGCUCCAGACUGCAGUCUGAUGCUUACAGGACUCACCCCGCCAACAAACAACGGUUGAGUCAUGGCAUCCUCAGUCCAUCGUCGAUUUCCAGGUGGGAGAACUCAGCGGGCGCCUCCUUGGGUAGCCACCGUUUAUCUAUCAACCGAAACUCAUCAGACGCUAUAAGUGAAAGAAAUCGAAGUGCAAUUCUUAAAAGUGAAGCAGGAGAAGCUUUUUCUAUCGUAGAUGGUCCCCUGUGGGAUUCCAGCAAUCGAACAACAGAACAUUUGAAUUAUGUCACCCAGUCGGAAGCAGACACUGGUGUCUCAUCGAAUCUGCUCUCCAAUGAAGGCAGCAAUGACAGCAUUAAAACCACACGGCAUCAUCGUAGGCAUGCCAGGAAACACAGACAUAAUAUACACCGUUUUCUCGGAGGAGCUGAAGAGGCAAAAGACUAUUCUAGAACUUCUCGUGUCAGUGAGGAAGACAAAAAUGACGAUGAAACUCAAACGCGCCCUAUCCUACUGACAGUGAACGCCUCGGAUGUACUGGACAGGGAGAUCACUUUGGUGUUGUCGCCAGUGACGGAAUUUUUCUCUCCUGGCUUCGUGAUACAGCGUGUGCAGGGCAAUGUGACGUGGUUGGAGGAGGUGAAAGAGGACGUGAUGGCGUGCUAUUUCUCGGGAUAUGUGCUGGAGAGCCGCGCCGGAUCUAAUGUGGCGAUCAGCCUGUGUAAUGGUGUGAGAGGCGUUAUUCAGAUUGGAGUGGAGAAGUACUAUGUGGAGCCAGCGAGGAAUUCCUCCGCAGAACAUGGAGUCGAGGCCUCUGUUUCAUCGAACAUCAACACCUCCUCGUCCUCAUCAUCGUCGUCAUCGUCAGGACCACCAUUUUUGUCUUCAUUGCAACACCAAAGAUAUGUCAUUACUAGAUUUCCUGCCAAAAAUUUCCAGUCGUCUUCUAGCUGUAGUAUUACACAAAAUUUUAAGCACCACAGAUUAAAGCAAUGGCUGGACGACAUAGCUCCCAGCACAAGUUAUGUAAAUAGUUCCCUGUACAAACAUUCUUCUAGAGGGGAGAGCGAGCGGUCACAGAGUGUCCACGGGGGACACAGGGGACAGCGGAGAAGGAAGCGCUCAGUGGGCGUCUCCCGGAAGCACACCGUGGAGACGCUCGUGGUGGCGGACGCCAAGAUGUACCAGUACCACGGCGAGGACACUGAGCAAUACGUCCUCACGCUCAUGUCUAUAGUCAGGAGUGUAUACAAAGAUCCAUCUAUUCAAAAUUUUAUCAAUGUUGCUGUUGCCAAGCUCAUCAUAUUCGAAACGACAUGGGAAAUGCCCUUCGAAGUGUCGCAGAACGCGGCGUCGACCCUGAAGGAGUUUUGUUUGUGGCAGAACAGUGUCAACGACUUUACCCCCAAAAGUGAGAAACACCAUGACACGGCCAUCCUUCUCACUCGGGAGGACAUCUGCAGAGCCCCUGGCAAGUGUGAUACUCUCGUCUGGCCUGGCAGUCUGUCUUCAGGAUGGACUGAGAGUGAAAAAGUGGACCAACACCUUGAAAUCCUUCAAAGAGCCAGGCUGGAUGUACACGGUGAACAAACAAUGCCAGCUGAUCUUCGGUGAAGGCUAUGUGGUUUGCCCUUAUACGAAUAAUCCAAUCUGUCGACGUUUGUGGUGUACUAACGAAAAUGACAAACACACUGGAUGUCGAACAAAGCACAUGCCUUGGGCUGAUGGAACUCGAUGUUCAGCUGAGCGGGUGUGUGUUGAGGGGGAGUGCGUGCCAACUCCAGAUCCAAAGCCGAAGGUUGUGAAUGGAGGCUGGGGCUUGUGGAGGGCUUAUGGCCCAUGUUCCCGGACCUGUGGAGGAGGGGUGAAGAUGAAGUACAGAGAGUGCAAAAACCCUGUUCCUGAGAACGGUGGUCGCUACUGUCUGGGGCCUCGAGUGCGCUACAAAUCUUGCAACAUCAAGGCAUGUCCAGUGGACAGCCGUGACUUCCGAGAGGUGCAGUGUGACAGUGAGGAGAUGAAGAGAAAAUUCAGGUUCCGUGAUCUGCCACAGAACACCACUUGGAAACCCAAGUACACUGGAGUGCACAUGAAGGAUGCUUGUAAGCUGUACUGCAGUGCAGGAAACAGUUCCACCUACUUCCAGUUCUCCAAAAAAGUCAUUGAUGGAACCAAGUGUGGCCCUUUCACUGACGAUGUUUGUGUCAAUGGACAGUGCUGGCAUGUUGGCUGUGACAACAGACUAGGUUCCACAGUGAAGAGAGAUCGCUGUGGCAUAUGUGGUGGAGACAACUUCACUUGUCGCACAGUCACUGGCAUGUUCAACAAUGCCAUCUAUGGCUACAACUAUGUGGGGACCAUCCCCGCUGGAGCCACAGAGAUUGACAUCCGACAGUAUGGCCAGGUCAGACAUGUCAAGGAUGAUGACAACUAUCUGGCUCUUCAAAAUUCUGAGGACAAGUACAUCUUAAAUGGUGACUACACUGUUCGCACUGAACCUUGGAAGAUCAAAGUUCGUGGGGCACUCAUUGAGUACACUGGCUCAGAGGAACAUGUGGAGAGAAUUAACACCACCAUGAUGAUCGAGGAGAGUAUCAACAUCUUUGUCUUGUCGGUUGGAAAGCUGAACCCACCCAACAUCACUUAUUCCUACAUGGUGUCUGUGAGGCAGAAUGUGCAGUGGAAGAAUCAGGGCUGGACCAAGUGCAGUGCCAUCUGUAACGGUGAAAGGCGUGGUAAGAUCCAGUGCAUCCGGGAAAAUGACAACCUGAUUGUGUCCAACAAGAGAUGCAAGGGACUGCAGAAGCCGAGCAGACUCACUGAACGAUGUAACUUGGACUGUAAAGUGAGCUGGCGCAUCUUCAGCAAAGAAGAGUGCCCAAAGCGGUGUGGCACAGGCAUGCGACGCCAGUUGGUUCACUGCAUCAAGCAGACAGGCUAUAAGAAUGCUCAGAUCAUCAAUGACAAAGAAUGCAGGGCUGUGUAUGGGGCAAAGCCAGAUGAGUUUGUGCCGUGUCAGGGACGUUGUCUUCCUACUUUCUGGAGCUACACAGACUGGUCAACAUGUUCCCGAAGCUGUGGCAAUGGCAUUCAGGAGCGGCAGGCUAAGUGCGUGGACGAGUCGGGCAAGGAGCUGGAAAACAGUGAGUGUGACGACAAGGACAAGAACACCUCCCGACACUGCAGCCUGGGCCCUUGUGCUGAGUGGACCACCGGACACUGGCAGGGGUGCUCCGUGACAUGUGGCAGUGGUCAUAAGCUGCGCAAGGUGUGGUGCAUGCGCAAUGGGGAAAAAGUGGACGACUCGGUGUGCAGCAAAAAGAAGCCAGCCACACAGAAAGAGUGUCAUCUCAAGAGCUGCCCUGAAUGGUACACUGGCGGAUGGGGGCCUUGCUCCGUGACUUGUGGCAAAGGCAUCAGUAUGCGGGCGGUCAAAUGUCGUGUCAGUGGCAGUUUCCAGGAGGAUUCUGUCUGCGAUGCUGGCAUGCGGCCCCAGGACAAGAGAAGUUGCUUCAUCGGAGCCUGUCCCACCACCCCGCCACAGACCACAGUGCGGCUCAACACUGUGCCCAAUGCCGCCUACUGGAGAUAUGGCAGCUGGACUGAGUGCUCUGCAACCUGUGGUCCAGGCAACAAGCACCGAUAUGUGAGCUGUAUGGACUACAAUAACAACCACAUCAACGACAGCGAGUGCUCCCACCUGGCACAGCCCACCAAGAUGGAGACCUGUAUGCUGAAGCCUUGUGGAGACUGGAGGCAGGGCGAGUGGAGCGAUUGUACUGUGACCUGCGGUGAGGGCAUCCAGACAAGGUUUGUGGUGUGUACCUUCAACCAACAGCGCCAGGAUGACCGGUUCUGUGAUGUGACCAGCAGGCCUGAGACGGAGAUCCGCUGUAACCGAGGCACUUGUUUGAGCGCAGAUGAGCUAAGUGUUGCUGUCAUCACCAGCAAUAAGGUUGUGGGCACCAGUCACUGGAGGAUUGGAUCCUGGACUCAUUGUUCCAGCACGUGUGGCACGGGCUGGGAGCGACGUCAUGUCAUGUGUCGUGACGAACGUGGCGCCAGUGAUGAGUGUGAUAAGUCUCAGAAACCUGAUGAGUUCCGCACUUGUGACAGCGGGGAGUGCCCCUCCUGGCUCACUGAGGAUUGGGGAAAUUGCACUGCUAAGGAUUGCGGCAUGGAUGGAGUUCAAACACGGGUAGUGGCUUGUCGUCUGUCCACGGGUGAAGUCCUGGCUAACUCUAACUGUGACAGCCGUGACAGACCCUCAGACACACAGCAAUGCAAAGGAAAAUGUGGUGGAAAAGGAGGGACUGAGGUGAGGGCAGAGGCCAAAACAACAGCAAGAGGAGUCACAAACCGCAGCACAUGGCACAGGGGACAAUGGUCAACGUGCUCGGUGACCUGUGGUCAAGGUGUCCGCAGUCGUGUUGUGACCUGUGUGGAUGAUGCUGGCGUGGAAGUUGGCUAUGAACAUUGCAAGAAGAAAAAGCCCCGCAACAUGAAACGCUGUUCUAAAGGUCCUUGCCCUAAGUGGUACCCAGGAAAGUGGAGCCGGUGUUCUGUGACGUGCGGUGAGGGUGAACGCAUGAGGCAGGUCCAGUGCCGCGACAAACGACACAAGCUGGUGGAUCCGGGCAUGUGUGCUCACCACACCAAGCCACAGAUGGUCACACAGUGCAGCAGGAAGGAGUGCUCUCUGUAUUCCUGGAAGAUUGGCACUUGGUCAGAGUGCUCUCGCACCUGUGGAUUUGGGCGCAAGCAUCGGUCAGUGACGUGUGUGGACACUGCUGGCAGCCGUGUGUCCUCACACCUAUGCGACACUGACCGCAAGCCAAAGGUGAAGCGGCGGUGCAGCGAGUUCCCGUGUCCUUCCAUCUGGAACACCGGAGCGUGGAGUGAGUGUUCUGCCUCCUGUGGUGAAGGUCGGCAGACAAGGACUGUGGUGUGCCAGGCUGUGACGAAGGAAGGUUGGAUCCUGCCUGGAGAGGUGCACUAUGGGUGCCGGCCAGAGGAGAGACCUCGGCACACCCGCUACUGCAACUACGGGGACUGUGGUGCUCGCAACCACUGGACUGUUGGGCCAUGGGGCGAGUGCUCUGUCCCGUGUGGUCAUGGCAAGCAGCGACGUCAGGUGAUCUGUGUUGACAAGAAUGGAGAGAGGACUAAGCGAAGAUUUUGUUUCCCCCUGUAUCGGCCGAUCACAAGAAGGCCUUGCUAUAAUGGACACUGUUAUGCAAAGUCCUGCCAGGAGUUCAAAGAGAUGACUACAAUCCGCCGUGAUGGAGAUUAUCAGCUCAAAGUUGGCAAUCAGCUGGUCAAGAUUUACUGUAAAGACAUGCGGAGCAAGCGCCCCAAAGAAUACAUAUCAUUGACUCAGGGACCUGGGGAAAACUUCUCAGAGACAUUUGACAAGCGACUGCGUCGUCCAGGCACCUGCCCCAAUGGUGGGGCCCGUCCCCCUCAGGAGUGUUCUGCGUGCCGACGGAAGAGUUAUGAGCAAGCUGGGAUCGCCACCUUCUCUAAAGUCAGGAUUGAUCUGGAGACACUCACCAUUGACACUUCCGAUGGAGAGUUCAGCGACAUCCGUAGAGGGAAGUUUGUCCAGUUUGGCACAGGUGGAGAUUGUUACAGCUCAAGUAACUGCCCUCAGGGUCGCUUCAGCAUUAGCCUUGUAGACACUGGCUUCAUUGUGUCGGUGAACACAACCUGGAGUCUACAUGGAAAUCGCGCCUCGCAGAGGAUAUGGAGGCUCAGGGAUGGGCAGAUAAUCCGCGGAGUUUGCGGUGGCUAUUGCGGUGUCUGCUCCCCUGAUCCCAAGGUUGGCCUCAAGCUGGAGCUGUUGAGAUGACCUAUGACACCUGACCUCUCCCUGAGUGACCUUUAGUAAUCUGAACACAAUACAGAUUUCAAUUUGGAUCUUGAAUGCUGAUAUCUUUUUUCUUUUGUUGUUGAAAAUCUGUGCACCUUUUUGGAGGUGGUUUGCUUGCUGCUGCUGUGCUGCAAGUUGUAAAAUAUGUACCAGUAUGUCACAUAGAGAUUUAUAUGAUCUGGUGUUUCCUGUGUUGUGUUAUGGUCUCUGUCGCACAUUUGUAUGAAAUCUCAGCGUUUCCUGGUAGUCAUUUUGUCUGGGUGUUGAUGUGUCGGUGUGUAGGUUGUAUUCUAGCCGCAGCAGUAGCCAAUCAUGUCAUGUUUAGAACAGCGUUGCUGGUCCACUCCACCACCCACAGUGUCAAGUACAUUAUAUGUAUUUAUGCUGUUGGGGGUUGGGGGCAGUUUCAAGUCACCAAACAUAGUAUGGAUGAUGACAAGAUUAUAAGACCACUGUACACUCUUUUUUGUCACCAGUAGAAUCUCAUGGGAAGUAUUGUUUCCUAACAUCAUUCUUUAAGUCAGACUCUUAACUGUCAUAGAUGAUCGCGUCAGAAACUUAAUUGGUCCAGCCUUUUCAUGCCUGAAGAGUCAAGAACACUUUGAAAAGAGCCUGACAGACUCGGAUAUGUACAUGUCUGGAAUUAAUGGAAGUUAUUGCGACUACUCGCCCACUCACUCAUUGCUUUGUGUUUUUAAAUGUACAUUUAAUUUAUUUGUCCUUGAGUAAAUUAUUUGCAGGUAAUUUCUUAUGCCAGUCUUUAUUUAUUUUUGCACAUGACAGACCUCGAUCGUUGUUCACAUGUAGAGUUUGUAUGUAAAGUCAAGUCUUGUGAGGCUUCACUGCCUUAGUACAAGGGAGUCCACUCAUAAUAAAUUUGCAUAUCUCUCCCCCUCCCCCCCCCCUCUACAAAUGAAAAAAGAAAUUUUCAAAUCAUCUCAGCUCGUUUAAGUGAAGAAUAGCCUUGGACCCAGUUCUAUUUUUAAUCAAACAAGUUUUUAAAAUUGAGACUGUAUCAUGAUUAAAUGCAAAAGUUUGGUCAGUGUCAGUUUAUUAUAGGCAGACUCCUCUGUAUUGGCUACUUUUGUUGUAUUACAAGCUGUUGUACUGGUUUAUGUAACAUUAAUUUGUAUUGUAGCAGUGCAUAAUUGAUCAUGUCUGAGUUCAGAAAGCUUUUUCUGAGUCUCACUACGAUGUACAUAGUCAUUACUAUCAUGAAGAUGAGCUGGAGGAUGUUUGCGUGUAUGUUGGUGGGUGGCUUUUGUCCAUGAAACAACAAACCCCUGCUCCAACAUGGAGUUGUAAUGUUGAGAUGAUAUCGAUGGUGUUAUUAUCCAACAGUGUAAUUGGAAGAAACAGGUCAACUCUUUUUGUUUCAAACCCACUCUUGAUGUUGUUGUGUAAGUCUUCAAAGUCAAGAGUCUGCAUACACUGAAAAUUGUAGUAUAAAAGUACUGUAGGCAAACUUUUGUAAGUGUAAGAAUAUGAGUUUAACUCCCCCUAUUGACACUAAUAGGCUAUUUAAGAGGUGGGACUUCUGAUUAUAACGUCCGUCUCUGAUAGGAUUGAGUUUAAUGGGUUAGAACGUGGAAAAUUCCACAAUACGACCUGAGUUCCAGAAAACCAAAUCUGGGAUUUGGACCAGGGCCAUCCGCUUCGUAGUCUAGCAUGAUACGAACUGAGUUGACGGAGCGUCCCAAACUUCUUUAUUUUUUCGUAUCACUGAAAUUGCGAGCCUUUUUUUUUUUUGUACUGAUAAAUUUUCAAAAGACCAGUUACAGUGUUAGAGCCUAACACCAUCGAUAUGUGUGGGGGCUCACCAGGCAUCCCUUUGCUCUGAAAAAUAGGAGGAAACUUGCUGUCAUUCGUAGUUAUUCAUUGGCGUAUUAUGUAAUUCAUUCUUCAUUGCUUGAUCUUAUUGAUGUGAUGAGAAGCUUGAAAGUAUCAAAGGCCUGUUGUAUUGGAGUCUACUUGGAAUGAGGUUGAGUAUACUUGUGUGUGUGUAUGUGAGGACUUGUUGCAUACAAAGUGUUCUCGUAUAUGGGUUGCUGUCGCAAGUAAAAUAGAACUACUCCAAUACUUUUGUGCACCCUAAAAGAGCAGAGUUCUGCAUUUUCUGAAGUGAGCAGUGAUGUGUGUGUAAAGGGAGGGUAGGGGUAGGAGGGUUAAAUGGAGAGUUCGUGUUUGUCCUUUCUAUGUGUUAUAGAGAGAAAUCCUUAUGUGAUAACUAUAUGAAGAUUUUUUUCUAUGUUUCAUAUUUUUGUGAAAAGUAAGAUCAUGAAUUUGUUUUUUUUUUAUUUGCCGUUUUGACCCCUGGUAUUUUUAAUAGGGUUAAGAAAAGUCAUGAUGACUUCUUAUGUUUUUCUAAAAAGCACUUUGUACUAGCAACCACUACACGCAACAGAUUUUGAUUGCACUCUUUAUAGCACCUAUAACUGAGUGAUCUUAUGUUUUACUAUGGGUAUAAUGUUAUAAUUUUCUUAUAAGGUAUUUAUUGAAGGGCUUAUUAUGUUCCUGUUUCUUCCCACGUUCACAAUUAUAAUUUUUGUAAACAAUAAUUUUGUUUGACUUUGGAAAGGAAUAGGUCCAGUGGAAAGUCGGUAUGAUACCAUGUUUAAUCUAGUAAUUUCUAUCUGUAUUUCACAAACGUCACAUGGAAUGAAUGAUAGUGUUAGUGUACUUGAGCAUGGAUGUGUUAUCUUGUAUGAGAACAAGUUUUAUAAUGAAAGAAUAAGGUAUAACAGUGUGUGCUUCCAUAAGACUGUCAUUAGCCAUUAUGAUAUAUACCCAUAUUCGUAACUUAAGAUUUUGUAUUGGCACUGUUUCUAUAUUAUUUGUUAGAAAAAUGAGUUCUUGCCUGUAAAUAUCUAUUUUUUUCAUGAAUUUUUGGAUAUUAUCUCACACUUGUCAAUUUUUACAAAGUAGCUCCACUUGCCACUUGGUCUGUAUAAUAGUUACUGUUGUUUUUGUCCUUAAGUUGUUUUAUAUGCCAAUGUCUCACAUCCUUUUCCUUUUGUCUUUUCUGUUCAGGUUAUUAUACCAUGUAUACUAACUUUUUACAUUUUGAAAGAUAGCCAGGUCAUACUGAGCAUCGUCUUAUACAGCACAUUCAUAAUCCAGGAGGGUAGGAGGAUGUGAUGUCAGAAAAAAAAAAAAAAUUAAACAUAGAAUAAAGCAAAUGGAAAAGCAGUCCACAAAAUAAGAUGACUGGGUGUAAAGGAAACCAGCUCAUCUGCACGGUGAGAUGGAUGCAGUGCAUGAUUUUAUUUGUUUUGAGUCAAGGAGAAGCAUCUGGGCAUAUAUAUAUAGUCAUUUAGUGCAGGUAUAAAGCAUGGAGAAUUCACACAAACAGAAAGAUGUUAAAGAAAUGUGAUGUUCCUGCCUCCCUUUUGCAAGGAGGAAUUCGGAAAGAAGUGACUGUGAACAAACAGGGAAUGAAAAGGAAAAUAGUAGGAAAGUGUGUAGCUUUGAACUGUAAAAAAUGCCAGCAGAAAAAGGCGAGAAAAGAAGACUAUAUCUAGGUCACAAAAAAGAGAGUCCUGAAACUUUUCAGAGCAGCAGCGCAAAAUAUUAAUCUCGAUCUCAUGUGGAGGAAUUUGCAACUUAAAAGUAGUUUUUUGGUUUAAGAGAUUGCUACCAUGUUACUGAUAAUUAAAGUCAUGUAAACAUAUCACAAUAAUCAGAUUUUGAUUAUUUGCGUGGACACAACUCGAGAAAACAAUGGUUUAAUCUAGGGUGUGAGUGACUUAGUUAUCGGAAAGUUCUCACAACUGUUUUUAUGAAGUUACCUUUGCCCUGUAUAGCGCUGCUGGUAAAAACAUUGUGCUGGUCAGAUCUAAUAUUUUUUUGGAUGUAAAAAGAGCUAUUGCUCUGAGGACAAUCUUUUGACUGAUCCGCUCAGAAAGGGUUAUACUUUAGACUAAAAAAAUUGUACUUAU